UAGUUUUCUUGUCAACCUUUGCCUCUCCAAGAAGAGAAACCCUUUUGAAGUAUUCUCAAUUCUCGUAUAAUGAUUCUCCAUUAUUCCAAUCCUCUUCUUCCACCCCACUACUUUUAUUAUUUUCUCUCUCCUCAACCAAUUAAGUUUACCAAAAAUAUUUAAAGUUUGAUGGAGCAGUUGAACCUUCCUCAUUUUUUUUCUUUCCUGUAUACUUUACCAAAAAAGAGUCAGCAAGAAUUAUUAUUCAUCACUUGUUCUUCAAUCUUUUCCACAAUUUCAAAAAACCAACUUUAAUAAUUAAUACACUACACUUAUUUCUUUUGACUUCAUGUUAAAACAAUCUCUACAAUUUCACUCCCCCUUUUAAGCCAAUUUAUUUGACCUCUUUCAAAAAAAAAAUAAAAAAACAAGCUUAAACAAACAAAACAAUGAUGGCAGUGAACAUGAUAACAGGCGGGGACUCGAGCAGCGCCUGCUCGAGCCCCCGGUUAUCGUUCUCUCACGAUUUAUCGGAAACAAAUGUAACCCAAACCCAACAAGAAAUUGAUGUUGCUAGACUAGAUAUGUCACUCUUAUCAGAAAACCAAAACUGUGAAGAUUUCGACUUCUGUGUUACAGCAGCUUUUUCUGAGACUGAUAAUUCUCCUGCUGAUGAACUGUUUUUUAAUGGUGUGAUCAUCCCUAUUCAGAUGAAAGAAAAACUCAACUCCAUCAACAAAGAUGAGGAGAUAACCUCGACGACAACAGCAACUUUGGUACGCCAAGAAAAGACUCAAUCAAAGUCUUUUUGGAGGUUCAACAGAAGCAGCAGUCUAAACUGUGAGAAUUUCAGUAAUAAGAGGAGUUCAUCUGUUUGGUCACUGCCUCUUCUUUUGAGAAGCAAAUCAACCGGAUCAUCAUCUCAUGAUAUUGUUAAACAAACUCAAAAAAACCCGGGCUCCAAUAAUGGUAAGACCAUGAAUAACAAUAAUAGUCAGAAUCUGAAAUUUUCUUCAACUUCCUGUCAGAAGCCGCCAUUGAGGAAGAGUGGUUCAGGAGGUAGUGGAUCACAUGGUAAUGGUGUUAGAAAUUGUGCUGCUUUGAACGUUCCACCGCCGUAUAUUACUAAAGGUACAUCAGAUCUUUUGGGUUUUGGUUCUUUCUUUCGAAAUGGUUCUAGAGAAAAGAAGAGCAAGAAAUGAGCAGAGGCUUUUUCUGAAUGUCAUUUCUUGAUUAUUGUACAGUACUGGUUAUAGUCUUUGUCAUGUAAUCGAGGUGUUACUAAUCUUGUUCUUUUGUUAAACAGGAUUCUUUAAUACUGUAAUGUUAUAUAGGAUGUCCAUGAAGGGACAUUAGAUGAUAGUAAUAUAUUGUUGGGUUGGAUGGAACCAUUUAUUUAAGUUACGACGAGAAAGGUCAAGGGAUGUUUCUUUCAAGAGUAGAGAGAACCCUGUUGCCUAAUUUAUUUUCACAUGAGCAUGUACAUGAAACAUGUCAAGAACCAUCAUCAUUAUGAUAUGGCGAAUGCACGAGCAAUAUUUUUGUCA